UUCAGAAAGUACACAUAAAGCGAUGAUUCAAGAAUUGGAAGAGAAGUAUGAUGUUGGAGAAGAAGUCGAUUUAGAUGAACUCGAUAAGUUUGAAGUUGAAAAAUUAAGGAAGAUAUACAAGCUUGCAAAGAAAGACAUUAAGAAAGCAAAAUGUAUGGCAAACAAUUUGAUGUUUGACGAAGAAGGGGCGAAAGAAAAAAUGUGCCAAUCUAUUGUAAAUUUUUUAAAUGAACACGGUUCGCCGCCCUCUCCCCGUUACAAUGAAGGCCUCUUCAUCAAGAAGUUUGUUACUCCAUUGCUAUCACCUUUCUUGAGAGAAAAUAAAUACUUGAAACAGUUUGGCAAUGAUGAUGAAUCUGAAGGCAGCAAAGAAAGAAGGGGAGUUUAUGGUAGAAUAUCAGAUGGUGGUCUAAAAGUAGUUUAUAAAGAGCACGGGCAGCAAAUUCUGCAAAUGGAAAUCAAAAGUCCCAAAAUUGUAUCUGAAGAUCAAAUACACCAUCCCGACUUUACCAAACUAGCAAACCUAAUGAAGGAUGAAGUGGAUCUGAUGUUGAAAAAAGACUUUCCAGAAGAUACACCCGUGUUUGGCAUUUUGAUAGGAGGUAAUAAUAUUAUUUACUAG